UUAGCUUUACAUAUUAGCAUGCAAGAUUGGUGAUGACAAAAAAAGCGAUACACUCGAAUACACUUUAUUGAUAUUUUGCAUUAUGCUUGGGAAUUCAAUGCUGUUUAGUUAUGGAUAUGAAACACAAGUGAAUUUUCCGAAGUUCGAGUGUAAUGAUAAUCUGUUUGGAUUUCAGAAAUGUUGACAGAUGACCAUUCAAAUAGUCUGUUGAAAGGUCAACAAGAUCUUUUUCAACAUGGCGACCUGUAAUCAAAAUAGAUAUUUAGUUUGUCUUUGUAUAUUUAUAACAGCCAGUUUGACGUUUGUCUUAUCUGAUAGUACUAAAAAACGUGAUGUGUACAAUUAUAAUAAUAAACUUGAACAGGAGGCUUUCAAAGCACUAUUCUCUGCAGAUGGAUAUUUCUCUGACACAAGGCAAGAACCAGUUGACCCUAAAAUUUUAGGUGGAAUUAGAAUUCAGAUAGAAGCUUUGAAGUUGUGGUCUCAAUUAAGGCAAACAGCCAAUGUCGAAUUGGGGAUUCCGCAGAUGCAGUCAAUUUAUGAUUCACUUCCAUACAAGAAAAAGAAGACAAAUUCACAAGAUGUAGUAGAAAGGAUUGCAAACAGGUUAAAAGAAAGAUUUGCGGAAUAUUUCAAAGUGUUAAAAACCAAUAAAGUUACAGUACAAACACUGUACCAGUUUCAUAUUAAACAACCAAUAACUAAAAUCUUUGGAUGUUGUGAUUUACAGUUUACUCAGUUACAUUCACUUCCUCAGUAUGGAUGUAAAGUUGCAACAAAAACCAGCUGUGACCUGUUCCCAGAAAAUCUCAAGAAGGGUUCAUUUAACCCAGGAAGGAAUCUCACAGAAGUAUGGAGAGGCAAUGUACAACUGGUUCCCAGUCUGAAGUGGCAGUAUUUUAUAUCUGUAGAUGGUGUUCACAGUGAAUACCCUGGAAAUGCUUUCCAAUGGUUUGACAACUGUCAUGAUGCUAAUAACAUUAGACACAGAAAUGUGUAUGUUUCUACAGUACAACCACAGUCAAAGCAUCUAGUGAUAGUUAUGGACCAUGGGAAUUCACUGAGUCCAAACCAACUACGAAUAGCUAAAGGAAUAGCCAAACAUAUAUUGUCAUCAUUGUCUGAAAAAGACAGGGUUGCUGUUAUUGGACUUGCAUCAAAGGUAUCGUUUCCAAGAGAACCUGAUACAGACUCCUGUCUCCAUAACAAGAUGGUUCCAGUCACAUAUGAAGCUAAUCUACAUUUCAGUAACUUCAUUGAUAAGCUGGAGAAAGAAAAUGCUGCUACUAACCACACUCUAGGAUUUAAGACAGCCUUAGACAUUGUACAGAAAACUAUGCACAAAAGUCCAGUUGUCAAUAUGGAUUAUGCUAUGGUAGUAUACAUUAGUCGUGGAUUGCUGUCGUCUAUUAAUGAGCCCAGUAUCGUGUUAGAAACAAUUGCAGAGCUGAAUGGGAGACUUAAAAACAGAGUCAUUAUCAACACAUAUGCUGUUAUUGAUGAUGGUAAACCUGUUACAUGGGAGAAGAGUUUUCUACAGAAUGUUGCCAAGCAAAACUUUGCUCAGUAUAAUGUACAACAAAGAAGUUCUGAACCCAUUGUUCCUGGUACAAUGAUGGCUAUAAAUACAACCAAAGAUCUGAGUAUGUCUGUAGGAAAGUUUUAUUUACCAUUCAACCAAUCAGCUUCAGAAGUACCUGUCUUCUCACUGCCUUACAUAGACAAAGCUGAUAAAGCACUGACCAUUACCAUAAGUCAGACAUGUUUCCAUAACAACAAGGUGAUUGGAAUUAUGGGAGUAGAUCUACAUAUGGAGGAUAUUGUACAAGAUAUUACAUACUAUGAUGAAAUGGAUGGUUCAUAUGCAUUUGUCAUCACAUCUGAAGGUUAUACCAUUAUGCACCCGUCUUUUACACGUCCAGUUAAAACAGAUGUACAACCAAUGCAUACAGACAUUUGGCAUUUUGAGAACAAUGAAGGAUUUGCCAGGAUAAGGAGUGACAUGAUCAAUAUGGAAUCUGGUGAACGGACAUUAAUCUUGAGAAAUGAUGUGAAGACCAAUAGAUCUGAAAACGAUGCUAAUUAUUAUGCCACAUACAUAUGGAAAAGAGUAGAAAAUACACCAUUUAUUGUAGCCAUUAAAACUUUUUCUCAAAUAGAAGAUGCAAAAGUCUUAGAGAAAAUUACCAGUUUCAGUGCUAGUGAUGUUAAUAUGUUGUAUCAUCGACUAGAUCUUCUACCAGCCAGUACCAUGUGUUUACAUCUUAAACAGUUGGCCACAGAAGAUACAAGCACAAUAUUUUUGUCGCCAAAAUGUUUUAAUGAACCAUACGAUCACAUGAGUUUACGUGAAGACAAGAAAAUGGUUAGGAGUUACACUGCUUACCUUAAAGAACCUUAUGUAGAACUGACCAAUCCAGGAAUCAAGGAUGGUGUAAGAGAUGAUGCCUUAGCCACUGGUAGAAUUACCAAUGAUUGGAAGUUAAGAUACAACACAAGUGCUCACAGAGAUAGUAUAGUAAGGAGGUAUAUAGCAACAACAAAUGGUGUAUUUAGAAUGUACCCUGGAACAUUACUAGACAAAACAUUUGAUCCUUCAAAAAGAACAUGGUAUACAAGAGCCUUUGAGUUUCCAGGAAAAGUAACACUGACAGCACCAUAUUUAGACAUGGGUGGAGCUGGUUACAUUACAACCAUCAGUCAUACCAUCUAUGAGGGAAAAGAUGAUGCCAUGCACAGUUCAGCCAAUAAAGUAGUAGCUGUGAUGGGUAUGGACCUGACUCUAGGAUAUUUCUACAAAAUGUUACAAGAUCAUAUCUAUAUAUGUAGCCAUAAGACUGUCAGGUGUUUCAUCAUGGACGACAGAGGUUAUCUAGUGGCACAUCCUGCUUUGAUAGAACCAAAUGGCAAAGGUCCUGUUGAAAAACAACAUAUCACUCAUCAGGAACCAUUGGUGGCUAAUGACAUCUUGAACCACAGAUAUUUUGUGCACAAGAAAAGAUGCAAUAGAUUUAAUGAUCGAACAAUUCAGAGAUAUUAUAAUUUCAACACAAGUCUGGACGGAGUUCUUACAAACUUGGUCCAUGGAGAAAAAUGCUCAAGAUACCAGAUUGUACAUAUUCGAGGAACAAAUGCUUUCCUAGGAAUAGUGAAUCACACAUGUGACACAGCAACUGCCUUCUGUCCUUGUAGUAUGUCUGACCGAUUAUGUUUGAAUUGUAAACAGAUGGAACAGACAGUAUGUGAAUGUCCUUGUGAAUGUCAGUUAGAUGUAGAUUUCUGUACAGGGGGACUACUAGAGGAAGAAAACUUUAAUCCAAGUUGUGAAAGGGUACCAGAGAAAGAAUCAAUUCUGAGACUGGAUCCCAAACUUACAGAGGAUAAAACUCCUUGUGGAAAACAUAUCUGUACAGGGAGAACUACUAAACUGGGUUGUAUAAGUGUGAUGGGAUGUCAGUGGUGCCAGGUUCAUAAAGACAUGAAUCCUAUAUCUACACCUUAUUGUGCAGACCAAAGAGUAUGUUUUGGUGGGAUAGAGGAAGCACCAACUCCAUAUGGCGAUGAAGUCAGAGCAAUGGCUCAGAAUACUGAACAGACGAAUACAAAGACAACACCAGUGGGUCCAGUAGCUGGUGGAAUCAUGGGAUGUUUCCUUGUUCUAGCAAUGGGUGUUUAUUGUUAUCGUCAUCAUAUUCAUCGCACUAAUCAUCAGUACAUUACAACUUUACAAGAGAAUACAAAUCGUACCUCAAAUUUUUAUGAUACAGAUGAUAUUGAUCCUAUAGAUGAACCUGGAACAGGUCACACAAAUUUUCUGUUGGCGACAUUUGAAAAUCCAGCAGCUGUAUCCCCGUAUCGUAUGAGUACAUCAUACCGUCGACCUACAGGUGGUGGUGACAGUGAUCAUGGUUAUAGUACCAUGACACCACACGAGGACAGUGAACAUGCUAGUUUGCCGUGUUCUGAACCUUUUAUAAGUAAAGACAGAUAUAAACCAGUGUCGUAUGCAAUAUCUAAAUCUCAUGCAUUACCUCCUCCUCCGUCAUCCAAUAGGAGGAGUCGAAGUCCGACUCCCCCACAAACAAAACUUACAAACUUUUACCAACCAAUACCUGAACAAACUAUCAUACCUCAACAAACAAUCUUACCAGACGUUAACAGUGUAAUAGCAAAUGUUCAAGUUCACAUGGUGGACACACAUUGACAUGUGACGUAAAGGGCAAUUAUUUUACAUGGAGUACUUCUGAACAAACUGGAGUGAUAGUUCUGGUCAUGGAUAUAAAUUUGAAGGAAAUUCAGUGUGCUUGGUUUGUGUUAUUCAUGACCAGUUGAAAAAGCAUUAUCAGUGAAGGUAGACAACUCUUCUCAGAUAUAAUGGAUAUAUUGCUAAAGUGAUUUUUAAUGACCAGACCACUCCAUGAUGAAUAAAGAAGUUGGAUCUCAGGAAGAUGGCUAAGAUUUAAUAUUUAUUAUACAUGUACAGAUAUAUAUAGUGCUAUAUAGACCUGCUUUGUUCAUAUACUGCUGAAGACUUGUAUAUACAUAUUUUAUGGCAAGCUCUUUAAAUAUGCAACUGUUUACAUUUCUUAUUGCUUUAUGCAGUACAUGCAUAUAUCUCAGAAGAAUGCAUGCAUAAGUUUUAUUUAUUGAUUAUUAUACGCUUUUUCACUUCAUAUGUUAUGAAGGGAUGUAUGUUAAAUGCCUAUAGUGCAACAGAGUAGGUUUCUUUUAUUGAUGUGCAGGUGCUUGCUAUUUUUGAUAUUUUUAAAAAUAUUUCACAAGACAGAAAUAUUAGUAUAGUAUUCCUAAAAGCUGUUUGAAAAAAUAAAAGACCUGGGUUUUCAACAAAAAUUUGGAACCAGGCAGAUAUUUAUGUGAUCCAAUUUUUCAUGCCUUAAAAGUGAAAGCAUUCUAGGUAACAACCACUAGACCUACGAAGAGGACUAUGGUCACGAAAUAGAUAACUCUUGAAUCUAACUUGGGAUAACUAAACAUAACUUAUUUAUUUAUUUUGAAAGUUUUGAUGCAUCCUUUAAAUUCAUAAAUAGAUGCCAUUCAAUUAACAAUACUUUUAUGACAGGAUAUUCAAUCAGGACCUGUUAAAAGGUUAAUACAUUGCACACCAUUGUUCUAACUGAAAAGAUGUGCCUGUAUUAGAGAAAAAUAGAACAGUCAAAAAACAAUUCAAACCGUGAUUAUUUUUCAGAUGAAAAUUAAACAAACCUAUAUGUUUAAAUCAAUUAAAUUCUAUCUGUGCUUUAAAUGUAUUAAACAAAUCGACAGAAUAUGACUUUGAAGCAUUGAAUUAGACCUCUAUAUAUAAUUUUACUUUAUGAUAAAAUGUACACAAAGCUAAAUUUAAAAAGAAAAAAAAUAUUUUCUGAUAAUUUAUAUUUUAAGCAGUUUCUACAUUAUUUUAGCAAAACCAAUUUUACUGCAGGUGUAAUUUGAUGUGCCAUUAUUUUUUAUAAGUGAAUGUUUUUAUAGAGCUUUUUUCACUGUUUUUACUGUUAAAUAUCAGAAAUAUUUUAAUUUAUCCGUACUUUACACUGGAUUAUAUGAAUUUGUGUUGUUAUCCUGAAAUUACAUGGUAUUGAUGUAAUCUUUUUUCACCAAGCUGUCAAAUUAUUUUAAAAUGCCAAACAGGAGAAACUAUUAAGUAAUUUACAAUUUUUUUUAAAUAUUUGUUCACUUUCUUUGAACUUUUGCAUCAGUUGUGAAUAUAACUUUCAAAGGUUGAUAUUUUUUCAGUUUUUAGAUUUGUCUGAAUGAUGUAGUAUAACAUUGAAAUAAUGUAUUUUAAAACUGUGCCAUGUUAUAUAUGUAACACUCUAUACCUGAAGAAGUAGUCACUGUUUAGGUUUAAUAAUUAAAAAAAAAGCCUGCAGUUUUUUUCAUACACUUUAAUUACUUAAUUUUUGUUUUAUUAAAAAAAUGAUACAUGUAUUUAUAAAUCGCAUUGAAAAGAUUUAGUGUCUAUUUACAAGAAAUGCAGAUGACUGUGAUCAGAUUAAAAUACACUUGACUGCAGAACAAAAUGGAAAUGUUUGGGCACAUAUGAAAAAAUGCUUUGGCAUAUUAUUAGUUACAUAGUGUGCUAGUGACCUAAUACGAUAUAUAUGGGGUCAGUAAAUUCCAUAUGGGGUGAGAGCGAAGCUCGAAUCCCCAUAUGGAAUUUACUGACCCCAUAUAUAUCGUAUUAGGUCACUAGCACACUAUGUAACGAAUUUAUCUUACCGACUAUCUUAACAUGUGGUAUUUAGACUAGUGGCCUAUCAAAGUGAUCAAGUCUUCAUUGCCGUUAGUAUUAAGAACCUACUUCAAUUGGUCUAUACAAAAACAGAUGCCAACAAUAACAACUGAGUUUUAUGAAUUUAUUUCAAUGGUUCAUCAUCAUGAAUUUCUUCUUCUGUUGAAACCUUUAAAAUUUUUCCUCAACACCAUGUUAUUUUUAUAAAGGGACGUAACACCAUUACUAACUGUGUAUUGAAACAAGCCCCGCCUACUAACCUAAUAUGGAAUAUACACAGUCUCCACGCAGUUGCUUUUAACCAAUCAUACUCCUAGAAAAGUAUAGGAGGUAAGAUAAGUUUAUUUAUACAGACAUAGUUUGAAGGGAUGGACAUGUUGAAAGAUAAUGACACAUUUUCAGAGUGAUACAUACAUUUGAUGAACACAGUUUUAAUAUCAAUGUUUAUGAUGUAACUUAUAUUUCUUAAUAGAAAUAUAUGUGUGGUAUGUUUAUUGAAAUACAUAUAUAAUAUAUAUGUAAGAGCUUUGUACAAACAAUACAGUUAUGUGUUUUUGUUUUAACUACCUCGAUAUAAUAUGUCAUCCUAUGUAUAUUCCAUACUGUUCAUCCGUGUGUUGUUCUUACAUAUACAUACUAUUCAUCCAUGUGUCGUUCUUAGACACUUUAUUUUAGACAAUUUAUACAUACUAUUAGUUUAUUUGUUUAUUUUGUUAGAACUUUACCACUCAUGCAUUGUAAUUAGUCAACAUUAAAUGUUGUUGUAUAUAUGUAUAUAAGUCAUAAAUUCAUUAUUUAUAUAACAGCAUUAUAAAUAUUGAGAUAGGUUGAAAAUAAGAGGUUGACAAAACAAUUUUGUUUGACAAAUUAAUUUUUAUUAUUAUUCUUAAAAAGAUGUCUGAAUAUAGAUGCCCAAAUGCUAAAAGAUCCAAUUUUUCCUUUGAAUAUGAUUAGUAAAAUUUUAAACCAUGCUGUGUGAUAUGAAAUAUACCUUGCAUCAAUGCAAUCAUAAAUUGAGUUGUAUCUUUAUAUUAAAGUGGUCUUUAGCAUCACCUUAAACCAAUAAUAGUCAAAUUUACAAUUUUGAUCAUACAGUUAAGAAUCUAAAAGUGCGUAAAAAAUGAUUCAUGAUAAUAAAUACUUAUUUUUUCUGAGAACAUUAAAUUUUAAACGAUAUAAAUAAUUAUACCAUUAGAACAGAUUUUAAUUUUCAGAAUGUUGUACAGUUUAAUAUAACAAUGAAAGGACAUAGUGUAAAACUGAUAUCGAUAGCACAAUAUAUCAUAUCUUUUUCUGUAAAAAUAUUUGGAAACAUAAAGUUUUUAGGUGCAAAAUUUAAAUAAAAACCAAUGACAUCUAUAAAGAUUGUUAUAUUUGGGUUUAAAUAUACUACAGAGGUACAUUUAAUAAAAUGGAGAAAAUAUACUUCCAAUUGGAUGAAAAUCACCCAAUCAAUCUAUAUCCCCAAAAUUCACUAAAGUUGAUAUUUAAUGGAAAUAGUAUUUAUAUUUGAAUUUGUUAUAUUGUCUUGAUUUUUUAUGAAAUUAAUCUAAGAGUGUGAUUUUACUUGUUUAAUUUAUUCAGAUCUUUUUAUUUUCUUUGAACAAAUUUUAUGAAAUGUGCAUUUAGAACAUUUUGAAAAAUGCAUUAAAAUAUAUUUUGUUGAAUAGAUUCUGGAAAAAGAUAAACACUUUAAUUGAAUUUUUUUUUUAAAUAGCAUGAUGGCAAUACUAUUUAGUGUUAUUUUAUUAUACUAAGUAUAAUAGAGAUUGGGGUGCACUCACUUAUGUAGAUAUGUGAACUUAUAACUUUUUGUGCAUGAAAGAUACAUAUGAACUUUAGUAUAAAUAAAUAGUAAGGAUAAUCUUAACCUCACAGGUGUACCUGCUUCAUCAAUUUCAUAAAUGGAAUAAACUAAAUGAGAUCAAAAUAUAUAUUUACCCCAGGUCUUCCUACAGAAAUAUACUUCCAGUGUAAAAUAUGGUUGGUUAUUGUUUUUUUUUCUAAUCAAUUGCAAAAAAUGAAAUGAAAUGGCUCUUUUUUUAAUAUGGAGUUCAUUUUAAAAACAAUGUUUUCAUUGUAAAUAGAUGACUUUUUAUAUGUAUAUUAAUUAGCAAUAUGUGAUUUAAGUAUCUAAAGAUUUGCAAAUACUUUAAGGUUUUUGUUAAGAAUUUAUUAGUUUUUGUUUUACUAUUUUACGUACAAGAGUAUUCUUCAAAAUGGAAAUUCAGCCCAAACUUAUAUCUCAUAACUGAAAGUUUAUGCCAUGUUUUAGGUAUCAUUUUAAGUUGAUUUAGUUGAAAAAUGCACCAAGGUUUUUUGGUGUCAUAUUAGUUGAUUUUAAGUUUAAAGUUUACAUUUUAAAUAAUUUUGCAUUUUGUGUUGGAAUACACAAUCUGAAAAUAAGAUGUGGUAGGAUUUCAAUGGGGACAAGUAUCCUGUAAGACUACAGGUUGUUUAUCUCAAAGACAGUUAAUGAAUUAUUUACAUGACUUUGAUCAAAAUGCUUUCAAAGUUUCAAAUGUAAAAUUCAAAUCAUUUGAUGAGUUUGGCUGAAAUGUUUUUUAUGUUGACAGUAAGUUUAACUCCAUUGAAUUAUUAAUUGUUUUAAAGGAUAAUUAAUUAGGUAUGACAAGGUUGAAGGUUCUACAGUGGUGAAAGUUUUACUUUUCCAUCAUGCUCGGUUAUUGUAAGACGUUAUCUCCCUUUUGUCAUUGUUAAGGAGGUGAUCUCCCUUUGUUACAUUUUGAUUUCUGUAAAACAAAGAGUCAGUUUUACACUAAGCAUAUUUAUUCACAUGUUUAUGAAAAGUUAAUUGUUAGUGGUGUCCAUUACUGGUAGUGGACUUUGGUUAAUAUAUUAUUGUGUCAAACAGUAAAGUCAUAUACAGGUUGUAGCAUUACAAAGUUAGUAAUUCAUUUUUUUUUCAAAAUAGUUUGUGGAACAAACAUAACCUAUUGUCAUCCUUAACAAUGAAUUGUCAUUGGAAUUUUAUAAUAAAAUAUGUCAAGAACA